CGAAAUUGGACCUACCUAACUGGAUCAUAUGUCCUAGGUAUAUGUAUUCGUCUACAAUUUCGAGUGCAGCGUUCUCAACUAUAACUGGGUGGAGCGAUACAUGAGCAUUACACAUUAUUUUUGGGUGUAAGGGGGAGGCUAGUACCAGUCAGUCUCCCCAACUGCCAACCUCACCUGCUCGUGGUGCACCCUGCAGAUGGACCGACGAGGCUCUGGCGACCGACGAAUGGCGGUAUAUCCAUUCCCACAGGCUAGAUUACGAAAUGCCUCAGGCCGGUGUCGGGCAGCAGCGACACCGGCGCGAGUAAUCUAGCACUGCGCUGACCAACCCGCAUGCCCAGCGUGGUCAGUACUGGGCAAAACUUUGUAUGGACGGCAAAAACAAAACACAGCCCCUAGUCCCCGGCAGCCCCGCUAUUCCUGGCUCUGGCAGCGGUUAUGGUAACGGCGGGGCAAGGGGUGUUAAGAAUCUCCGGCAGAGAUUCCGCUGCCAACCCCGACGACUAGACCUGGCAACAUACAACGCACGCACUUUGAGGUCCGACGAAAAGGUCAUCGAGCUGGAAGAAGUUAUGAGCAAGUUGCACUGGGAUAUCAUAGGAUUGUCUGAAGUCCGAAGAGAGGGGGAGGGCUCGAUAAUCCUUGAAUCCGGCAACAUGCUCUACUACCGGGAGGGCGACCAACAGUCCCAGGGUGGUGUCGGAUUUAUCGUUCACAAGUCCCUCGUGAACAAUGUUGUAAAAGUCGAGAGUGUGUCGAGCAGGGUAGCGUUCCUGGUCCUCCGAAUUACCAAACGGUAUUCGUUGAAGGUUAUACAGGUUUACGCACCGACCUCGACACAUCCCGACGAGGAGGUAGAGGUAUUGUAUGAGGAUAUUUCUAAAGCCAUACAUGCCUCAAACUCUUAUUACAAUGUUGUGAUGGGGGAUUUUAACGCAAAGCUGGGCGAACGUAGCGGUUCAGAGUUGAAAGUGGGACGAUUUGGAUAUGGGCAACGGAACGAUAGGGGCCAAAUGUUGGCUGACUUCAUGGAGAAGGAGGGCCUCUUUAUGAUGAACUCCUUCUUCAAGAAGCCACCACACAGGAAAUGGACCUGGAUGAGCCCCGAUGGUUCCACGAAAAACGAGAUCGACUUCAUCUUGUCUACCAGACGGCAAAUAUUCAACGAUGUUUCUGUGAUCCAUAGGGUGAAAACCGGUAGCGAUCACCGAAUGGUUAGAGGCACGUUGAAUAUCAACAUUCAGCUGGAACGGUAUCGACUGGUGAAGUCUACGCUCCGACCUACUCGUGCCCAUAUUCAAAACCCCGAGUCCUUUCAACUAGAACUGCAGAACCGCUUUGAUUGCCUAGCAAAUUGCGAAACUGUGGACGAUCUGAACAACAGGUUCGUGGAAACUGUCCAUUCCGUUGGGUCUAAGUUCUAUAAGACCCAAUAG